AUGGCCCUCUUUAAAAUUAAUCUGCUGGAUUCAAAAACAAUUCAAGGGGAGCUGGGCUGGAUCUCCUACCCAUCACAUGGGUGGGAAGAGAUUAGUGGUGUUGAUGAGCAUUAUACUCCAAUCAGAACUUACCAAGUGUGCAAUGUGAUGGAUCACAGUCAAAACAAUUGGCUGCGAACAAACUGGAUUCCACGCAAUUCAGCUCAGAAGAUAUAUGUGGAGCUCAAGUUUACCUUGAGGGACUGUAAUAGUAUCCCUCUAGUUCUGGGCACUUGCAAAGAGACCUUCAAUCUGUAUUACAUGGAGUCUGAUGAUGACCAUUUGGUAAAGUUCAGAGAGCAUCAGUUUACAAAGAUCGACACCAUCGCGGCUGAUGAGAGCUUCACCCAAAUGGAUCUUGGGGACCGAAUUCUCAAGCUGAAUACAGAAGUCCGUGAGGUGGGGCCUGUCAGCAGGAAAGGCUUUUACUUGGCUUUUCAAGAUGUAGGUGCGUGUGUUGCCUUAGUCUCGGUGCGAGUGUACUUCAAAAAGUGCCCUUUCACUGUCAAGAACCUCGCCAUGUUUCCAGAUACAGUACCCAUGGACUCUCAGUCGCUGGUGGAGGUGCGGGGUUCUUGUGUCAAUCAUUCCAAGGAGGAAGAGCCACCCAAGAUGUAUUGCAGUACAGAAGGAGAAUGGCUAGUGCCCAUAGGGAAGUGCUUGUGUAAUGCUGGCUAUGAAGAAAGAGGCUUUGCCUGCCAAGCAUGUCGACCUGGAUUCUACAAAGCCUCUGCCGGCAAUGUGAAGUGUGCCAAAUGCCCACCUCACAGCUCUACCUACGAAGAUGCGUCUCUGAACUGCAGGUGUGAAAAGAAUUACUUUCGCUCUGAGAAAGACCCUCCAUCCAUGGCUUGCACCAGACCACCAUCUGCUCCGAGAAAUGUUAUCUCUAACAUCAAUGAGACGUCUGUUAUCCUGGACUGGAGCUGGCCUCUUGACACUGGAGGUCGGAAAGAUGUCACUUUCAACAUCAUUUGCAAAAAAUGUGGAGGAAACAUCAAGAUGUGUGAGCCGUGUAGCGACAACGUGCGAUUCUUACCCCAUCAGACUGGACUCACCAACACCACGGUGACAGUAGUGGACCUUUUGGCACAUACCAAUUACACUUUUGAGAUUGAUGCAGUCAACGGGGUAUCUGACUUGAGUACACUUUCCAGACAAUUUGCUGCUGUCAGCAUCACAACUAAUCAGGCUGCUCCGUCCCCCAUCACAGUCAUAAGGAAAGACAGGACAUCCAGGAACAGCGUGUCUCUGUCUUGGCAAGAACCCGAACAUCCGAAUGGGAUCAUCUUGGACUACGAGGUCAAAUACUAUGAAAAGCAGGAACAAGAGACAAGCUAUACUAUUCUGAGAGCCAAAGGCACCAAUGUUACCAUCAGCGGCCUCAAACCUGAUACCACCUACGUCUUCCAAAUUCGAGCCCGAACUGCAGCUGGAUAUGGGACAAACAGCCGAAAGUUUGAAUUUGAAACCAGUCCAGAUUCAUUCUCCAUUUCCAGUGAGAAUAGCCAGGUCGUAAUGAUUGCUAUUUCAGCGGCAGUAGCCAUUAUUCUCCUCACAGUUGUGGUGUACGUCUUGAUUGGGAGAUUCUGUGGAUACAAGAAGUCUAAACAUGGCACUGAUGAGAAAAGACUACAUUUUGGGAAUGGCCAUUUAAAACUCCCAGGCCUGAGAACUUACGUAGAUCCACAUACAUAUGAGGAUCCCAAUCAAGCUGUGCAUGAGUUUGCCAAGGAACUAGAUGCUUCUAAUAUAUCCAUCGAUAAAGUGGUUGGAGCAGGGGAAUUUGGAGAAGUGUGCAGUGGGCGCCUAAAGCUGCCGUCUAAAAAGGAAAUUUCAGUGGCUAUCAAAACCCUGAAAGUUGGCUACACAGAAAAACAGAGAAGGGACUUCCUGGGAGAAGCAAGCAUCAUGGGACAGUUUGACCACCCUAAUAUCAUUCGAUUAGAGGGAGUCGUCACUAAAAGUAAACCAGUUAUGAUUGUUACUGAAUAUAUGGAAAAUGGUUCCUUGGACAGCUUCCUACGGAAACAUGAUGCCCAGUUCACAGUCAUCCAGCUAGUAGGCAUGCUUCGAGGGAUCGCAUCUGGCAUGAAAUAUUUGUCAGAUAUGGGUUACGUCCAUCGAGAUCUAGCUGCUCGUAAUAUCCUCAUCAAUAGUAACUUGGUAUGCAAAGUCUCAGAUUUUGGUCUCUCUCGUGUACUGGAAGAUGACCCAGAAGCUGCUUACACCACAAGGGGGGGCAAGAUUCCUAUCCGAUGGACAUCACCAGAAGCCAUUGCGUAUCGGAAGUUCACAUCAGCCAGUGACGCAUGGAGCUAUGGGAUUGUUCUCUGGGAGGUGAUGUCUUAUGGAGAGAGACCAUACUGGGAGAUGUCCAACCAGGAUGUGAUUAAGGCUGUUGAUGAAGGGUACCGCUUGCCACCUCCUAUGGACUGCCCAGCUGCCUUGUAUCAGCUGAUGCUGGACUGUUGGCAGAAAGACAGAAACAACAGACCCAAGUUUGAGCAGAUUGUCAGCAUCCUGGAUAAACUGAUCCGUAAUCCCAGCAGUCUGAAAAUAAUCACCAAUGCGGCAGCAAGGCCAUCAAAUCUUCUCCUGGACCAAAGUAAUAUUGACAUUUCAGCCUUCCGCACGACAGGUGAUUGGCUCAAUGGUUUUCGGACAGGACAGUGCAAAGACAUUUUCACGGGCGUGGAGUACAGUACCUGUGAUACAAUAGCCAAGAUUUCUACAGAUGAUGUGAAGAAAGUUGGUGUUACAGUUGUGGGGCCUCAAAAGAAGAUUGUCAGCAGUAUCAAAGCUCUAGAAACUCACACAAAGAACAGCCCUGUUCCUGUGUAAGGUACCAAAAUGAUGUUGCUCAGGAGAGAAAAAAAGAGAAAAGUUGCAUCACAGGGCAAAAGUGAUGGCUGAUAAACGGCAGAAUUUAAAGGAGUUCUUUGCAACAGUUUUGGAAACAUAAUGGUUGAAAUUUCAAACCCACUAAGACACUCAAAUAUUGAGUAUAAAUGCCUUAAAAGUAGGAGUGAACUUGUUUUCUAUCUGUUAAUCCUAAAGGGUGGGUGCUCUUGACUGACUGUUAAUGCAGAUAGUAAAUGUCAAAAGAAAAAAUAUGUAAAAAAUCCUUCCAAGUAAAAACCAGUGAUACUAAAACCUAGAGCCAUUUGAAUAUUAAGUGACUGAAUAACACAAAACCCCAUGGACAUAAAAGCUGUGUAUUUGACCUAUACAGCAAACGCGAAGAAAGAAAGACUUGCAGUAUUUUUGUACAGAAGAGAUCUGUAACAGGUAUUUUAUUUCUUUAAAAGCAAGGAAAAUAGAGGACUAUACCUCACAACCUGUCUGGCCAUAUUUACUAUAAUGUCAUUGUAACAUGCUAUUUCAACUUCAGAAAGGAACACAGAAAUAAAGUUUGUAGUGACUUUGAGUUAGUUGACAAAAGAUUUUUGCCAUUAUGUUAGCUUCCCUAAUUGUGUUCAUUUAAAUAGAAACAAGUCUUAAUUUUUUAAAGACUUAUUUAUUUCCUUUGUUUUUUCCAUUAUUGUUUAUAUUUAUGCUUGAAUACCUUAACCUGGCUGUAUUAUUGCCAAGUGCCAAAUAUUAUCAAAACUUCAUUGGUUCAACCUGAGAAAUUGUCCGAGGGUUAAUUACUAGAUUAUUUUAUACUCAUAACUUCAUCUGUGAAAUACAGAAGGAAAGAAAGAUGAUCUUUUUUCCAGCUCUGACACUAAACAAAGUAUCUGGACUUGAGAUUCCUUCCAUUUGCUGUGAGUG